AUUUGGAAGCAACAAAGUAAAGACCGUUUGGAUUAUAAUAGAGAGAGUGCGCGUUUUAUUUGUACAUUUCUGUGUGUGUUUGCAAUGAAAUUUUUAUAAUUUGAAUUGAAAUUUUUAACUACUUAGCACCUACAUACAACAAAGUCAAAUGAAUAUACUUAACUAAUCAACGAGUAGCCAAGUCAAUAAUAAUAAACAACAAACACAGCUAAAAGAUGUUCAGCUGAUGGGAAAAAACCUACCACUUUUAAACUGGUGUGUGGGAAAAAUCGAUCCACAAACUGUUCGCAAAGGAGAAGAGAAAAUGUUGGCUUAAACAAAAAGAAAGACUUUUGACAACAAACAACAACAAGUUCACUGUGAUACAAUUUGCAGUACAAAUUAGUUAAAUACUUAGUGUAGCCAUUUCUAACAAAAGAACCAAUCGAACAUUACAACAACAACAACUACACUUAUUUUCAAGUGCAAUAUCAAUAUUUUCGCCAAGAUUCUCAACUUAAACUAAAUUAAAUAUUCAUCUCAACAUUCCUGCGCAACAUAAAAACAACAAAAUGGCUGUAAAAACGUACUAGGCCAGCCCUCACAAUGUCUGUCCCUGUACGCUACUCUGCUGCCGCCGAAUACGCCGUCGUUGAUAGUGGUUUGGAUAAUACUCUAACCCAAGAAGAGCAAUACCACAGACAACAACAGCAACAGCAGCUCCAGCACCAGCAUCAGCAAUAUCAGCAGCAACAGCAAUACGAACAGCAGCAAUACCAGCAACAACAAUACGAACAGGAGCAGCAGGAGAUUCUAUUGUAUUGCCAAUUGCAAGAGCAGCUGGAGGCUGAGGCUCGUGAGGCGGUGCGGCAGCAGCAGCAGCAGUUGAUGCAGCAGAGGUCAUCGAUGUCGUCGUCGUCGGGAAUGCCAGGACUUGAAUUGCCCAUCAACAUCAACAACAACAACAUCAUCAAUAGCAACAUCGCCGCCAGCAACAGCAACAUUAACAACAACAAUAUGGAUGCAGUUAGCAUUAAUGCUAUCCUGGUCGAUGAUGAGCAGCCCUCAACAUCGGCACAGGCUGCAGCAGCGGCGGCGACAGCAAUGUUGGUUGGUGGCAACAACAAAUCGGGCAUUGACAACAACGCAGAGAUGCCAACUGAUUGGAUGAGGAUUGCGAACGAGGGCCGGUAUGGGACACCGGGUGCUGCUGGCUUGGAAUAUCAAAAGUACGAACAACAACAACAGCAGCAACAGCAAUCACUGGAAGCCGAAGCUGGUCCAGCAGCAGCAGCUGAGCCAACAACAGCACUGAAGAAACUUGAGGAUCAAUUGCAUGCACUCACCUCCGAUGAACUGUACGAGACCCUGAAGGAGUACGACGCACUGCAGGACAAAUAUCAUACCGUGCUGCUACUGCCCAAGGAGUCGAGGCGUGAGGUGACUGCAGGUGGUCGCGAUGGAUCGGCGUAUGUGCUCCGAUGCCUGAAGAUGUGGUACGAGCUGCCGUCUGAUGUGCUCUUCUCAGCCAUGAGCCUGGUGGAUCGUUUCCUCGAUCGCAUGGCCGUCAAGCCCAAGCAUAUGGCCUGCAUGAGCGUUGCCUCCUUCCAUUUGGCCAUCAAGCAGCUGGACUUGAAGCCCAUUCCUGCCGACGAUCUGGUUACAAUAUCUCAGUGUGGUUGUACCGCUGGCGAUCUGGAGCGAAUGGCCGGCGUGAUUGCCAACAAGCUGGGUGUACAGAUGGGACAUGCACCCAUCACUUCAGUAAGCUACCUGCGCAUCUAUUACGCACUCUUCCGCAAUCUGGCGAAGGAGAUUGGCGGUGAUUUCUUCAAGUUCUAUCAGCAGCUGAUCAAGCUCGAAGAGCUGGAGAAUCGCCUGGAGAUCUUGUUGUGCGAUGUCAAGACAACGGUGAUUACGCCCGCCACACUGGCGUUAGUUCUCAUCUGUCUGCAUCUUGAUUUCCACAUCAAGGAGUCCUACACCCGCGGCAGCCCUGAGCUCAAGCAUGUCUUUGAGUACAUACUCUUCCUGCAGCAAUACAUGAGGAUUCCCGAUCGCGUUUUCACCUGCGGUUUUAGCAUUGUCUCGGGCAUUCUGUCCCAUUACAACGGACAGAAUAAGGCGCCCUACAAGCAGCGGCUUGUCUGGAAACUUUCCAGUCGCACGCUGCGCGUCCUGCGCCCGACCAAUCGCUUCUCAUCGGAUUUGCCCACCAUCGAGGAAGGCAUUUCGAAUGCUCUAGACGACGGCCUGCGUUCAAGAACCGAGAGUAUUAGCUCUGAGGAGGAGGAGGAUUGGCCAACUUCACCCAUUAUUCCAAUUUUCGAACAAUGUUAGUAGUACCCAGCAGCAAGUAAGCAGCAUCCAAGCAAAAGCAGCCCCCAAAAGGAAAAACCAACGGACAACAAUUGGCGGGGCCAGAUUUGAUUUGAUUGAACAGCAGCAGCAGCAGCAACAGCAGACAGCAAAGCAAGCAAGCAGAAAGCAAACAGCAGCAGCAGGAAUCAUCCAUUUGACACACACUACACUACACUACACAAGCAAAUCUGUGGCAGCAGCAACAACAGCAGUAACAAUGUUGCAGCAAAACAAAAACAUCAGACAUAUCCACCACGACUCCAAGGGAGUUCAGCAACAACGACAACAGCAACAACAAAUAAGUAACUGCCCCACAAUUUGACAAA